AUGAGCUCCAAGAGUGUACUGGAACAUUUUACUGUUCCUGAUGACUUCCAAAAUGGAAAUACUUUCAAAGGAAAAUGUAUGCAUUGUGGCACCCUCAUUAGUGGAAGUUAUAAAGUUACAUCCAACUUUGUUACACAUAUGAAGAGAAAACACAGAGAUUUGUACAUUCUGCAUUCUGAGAAUAAAGAAAUUCAACCAACAUUGACACAAUGCAUAAAAAAAAGUGUAAAAUAUUCACCGUCUGAUCCAAAACAGUUAGAAAUGACAAAUGCUCUUAUAAUGUUCAUAGCUGGGGAUCUUUUACCACUCUCUAUUGUCGAAAGUGAAGAAUUUAAAAACUUGAUGGAAAAAGCUGACACUAAGUAUCAAGUGCCUAGCAGAAAGCAUUUAUCUUCGAAACUUCUACAUGAAAAAUCGGUUGAAAUAAAAAAUAACCUUGUAAAUACUCUUAAAAGAGCUGAAAGUGUGUGUUUAACCAUUGAUCUCUGGUCUAGUAGACAAAUGAGAGGAUUUUUGGGAAUCACAGGCCACUUUAUUUUGGACUGGGCUAUGAAGUCUGUCAUGAUAUGCUGUAAACGAUUCAAAGGUAGACACACAGCAGAAUCCAUCAGGAGUGAAUAUGAAGAAGUUGUUACUUCAUUUGAAAUAGGUUUUAAAAUUGCUGCAAUAGUCAGUGACAAUGCUAGUAAUAUGGUCAAAGCAUUUUCAAUUCCUGGCUUUGAUGACUUUAAGGUAGAUCAUGAGAGUUCUGAUGAGGAAAUUGAUGAUGUAGACAAAGAAAUUGAAGAUGACCAGUCUGAUGAUUUACAUUUAUCCGACUGCAAAGGUGCAGACUGGCUGAUGGAACAUUUGAAAAGCUGA